AUGAUGUCGGACCUCUCAGGUUCGCGAUCUCCGGUCCCUCCUCCUCCUCCCCCUCCACCACAGAAGUACUCAAAUCGCGCCGCCAAUGCCCUUGCUAGAUUCGCUCAACCCUUCUUCGCGGGCUCGAGACCACCUAGUCCCCAAAGCAGUCGUGCGGAUGGUCCCCGGUCGAUCAGAUCCAAAUCACUACCAGGAGAACCGCAGACUGUGACCCACAAGACAGGCAUCGCGAUCACGGCUUUGGACAUUUCACCUGAGCGGACACAUGCGGUUAUCGCAGGCAAGGAGAUUCUUAAAACCAUCCAGGUAUCGCCAGACCGCUCGUCAGAGGAAUUCAAUAUUCGCAAUGCAGUCAUUAGCUAUGCAUCCACCCACCACGAUGUGGGCGUUUCGAUGCCACACAAGGACCAAUUGAAUGUGAAGGACGUAAAAUGGUCACAUGGCAACUAUGACCGGAUAAUCGCAACUGCAGUCGCGAAUGGUCGGAUUGUGGUUUACGACCUACAGCGGCCCGGCCUCCAAUUAUGUCGUUUCCAUGGUCACAACCGCCAGGUGCACAGGCUUGCCUUCAAUCCUCAUCUUCCUUCUUGGCUCCUAUCUGGCAGUCAAGAUGGCACAAUUCGGAUGUGGGAUCUGCGAUCCGCCUCUGCAAAUCGGGGAACUUCCACGUGCGGCAGCAAACAUUCGUAUCAAGGCAACAGCGAUGCCAUCCGAGACGUCCGGUGGUCUCCUAACGAUGGAGUCAUAUUUGCAACUGCUUCAGACAGCGGCGCAAUCCAGAUGUGGGAUUAUCGAAAGGUCAACGCCCCACUGAUGAGAAUUGCCGCUCAUGAUCGCCCAUGCUUCGCCGUCGACUGGCACCCAGACGGAAAGCACAUUGUCAGUGGUGGCACGGAUCGUCAGGUAAAGGUCUGGGACUUUUCUUCAUCUGCAGAGCGACGGCAGAAACCCGCCUUCCAGUUCCGAACGCCCCAGGCGGUCACAAAUGUGCGGUGGAGGCCUCCUUCUUGGGUUGGUGAGUCUCCUUCCUCGGGAGAAUGGCAAUCAUCUCAAGUUGUCACGUCCUAUGACAAAGAAGACCCACGCGUUCACCUUUGGGAUCUCCGUCGCCCGCACGUUCCAUUUCGCGAGUUCGAUCGGUACGACUCGCCCGCAUCAGAUCUACUCUGGCGCUCUAAGGAUCUCUUAUGGACGGUCGGCGAGGCUGGGGCUUUUACCCAGACCGACGUUCGGUAUGCGCCAACUGUGGUCAAUCGUCGACCGAUGUGCUCCGUGGCCUGGAGUCCCAAUGGCGAGUUUGUUGCGUUCAGUCAACAACGGCCCAGGCGACGCCCUCUGGGAGUCAAUGCCGCUGAAUUUCUACGGCCCGAAGAAGACGAGGACAGCACUGGUGAGAGAUCACUAAGUCAAAGCCCUGCAGAUGACAUUUUUGAUGAAGCCCUUUUGGCCACUUCCCUUCGGAACCGGCAUACCAAAUCGGCCGCGAUUCGACCAUCCAAGUCCUUGGGUAGUACUCCACCAGGAGCAGUGGAUCUCAUACCCGUGCUCCCUCUAGAACAAGCAUUAGCCAAACUUGCGACCCCCAUGCCUAGUCAGGUGGGAAUCAUCACAAGUAUUCCGGGUGCCACAAAUGACUCAGCAGUCUUUCGGUAUUUGGCAAGCCACUAUACACCGUUGAUGGAUGAGCACAGUGAACAUAGAACGCAGAAUGACGUCCUGAACUCUUUGAUAGAGUCACUGGACCAUAACGCUGAAUGUGCAGAUGAGGUAUCCCUGGCCAAAUUGGCUCAGACUUGGAGAAUUGUCAAAUUCGCCAUCCUUCAAGAAUUCCAACGUAGAGCUAGAGAUCAUCCGGCGAAAGGUGGUCUGAAAGACAAGUCAUCCAAGGAUGGAGGCUUGAUAGACAGGUCACGACCCGAUGAUGGUCGACAGGACAGAGUCAAAAGUCGGUUGUUCAAAGGGGUCAUGGAGGCGGUCCCCGAAGCUGAGAGCUCGUCCAAUAUGACCACCCCUAUUGCGCGACCAUUGCCCGAUUCCCCCAAAGACUCGUGGUCGAGCACUGAUUCCCAAAUCCCCUCGUUGAGCGAUGGGGCGAUCGACCUUGACCCUCUUCCGCCCUCAGUCUUGAGCGAUCAUAACGGCUGGGGGAUGUCAGACCGUAUAUCAUUGCCGAGUGGGCGGCUAUCAUCAACCGAUGAUGCUCAUUCAUCGAAGUACCCAUGGGACCCUACACAAGAAGACUUGGACACAGAGCAACGGUCUGCGCCCCGGGCAAUCGCCGGCAAGGCAGAUUGGCGCCGUCGAGGUCACCCAGACUUCCCUCGGGAAAAUUCCGAGGAUGACUAUGACCAAAAGCUGGAGGAUAAACGUGCAGCAAUUCGUGACUACAAGCAAUUUCCCAAGAAACCCUUGACUCUUGAAUCGCCAAUGGAAUCUAAUCGACCCCCUCGCCCCGAUCGCUAUACUCGGCAUGAUUCUUCAGAGAGCUUUCCCAUGUUCUCUACAUCCACCGACAGUUCGCACCCCUCCAAGUCUAUUGGCGCGUCGUACUCGUCUACUGGACAACUUGAGGCAUCUAAAUCUCUAGAGACCGGUCAAUUUGCUGCAGCGCUGAGAAGAGGGUCGAUUCUAGCUUCUACGCGUGAGGAAUCUGAGGAUGAGACCUUUGACCAAGUCGUCUUAGAGACUGAUCGACUUCAUCUGGAGCGCCCAUCGAGCCCUCCCCUUUGA